AUGUCGACUCCACCAGGAGUUCCCUCACCUAACAGCAGCAACAAUGCACGCAACGACGAAUGCCAGAAAAUGGCCGAAAGUCUCUGGAACCAAGCAAUGCAGCAUCUCAGCGAAGACGACCAGCAGCUUCUCGCAAGUCUCCAAAACGAUAAGCUCGACAUCCUGAAUGCCGUCCUUGACGAAGUUGAGACCAAGAAGCAGCACUGCCUCAACAAGCGCUGGACAUACAAGGGACGGGAUGGGAAGUCCAAGUUUCUGCGCGACCUGUGCGAUAAGAUGAUCGCGCGGGUGACCAAAUUCAAGGAGCUGGGAGACACACUUGUCAGGCUUGAUGUCUCUGGGCAUGCGGCAAUGCCUUGGGCGGGAGUGAGCUUCCUCCUUCAGGCUUCUAGCAAUGAAUCACAGACGUUUGGUCGAAUGCUCGAGGGCGUCGAGCAUGUUUCCUUCCUCAUAACGCGGUAUGCCCUUGUGGAGCAUGCAUACUUUAGCCCUUCUGGGGGAACCGAUGCCUUGAUGGAUCAUCUGAGCGGCGAUGAAAAAUCUUCUCUCAAAGGAGACAUGGUCAUGAUGUACAGCUCCAUACUGACCUUUCUCGCCAAGGCAUCGGCAUACUAUAGCGAGAGGAUUGCGAAAAGCGUCAUUGACACACCCGAAUCUGCAGUUGAUGAUUUUUUGGAUGACAUCACAUUUAAAGAGAACAAGAUCUCACGUACUCAGCAUUUGCUACACCAAAGCUCCUUGAACCUACUAUGGGAGCAAGGCGCUGACAUACGUCUUGUUGUUAAGCAUCUCUGCGCUCUGGAGGACCCCGUCAACCGACUUACAGCACAAAUGUCCGAUAUCAAAAAGAAGUUAGACGGAAACUGGCUGCUACGGAACAUUGAGUUUCUCGACUGGGAAAGAUCGAGAAGCUCUUCCAUUCUUUGGGUCCAUGGCAUGCCUGGUUGCGGCAAGAGCUAUCUGCUAUCAUUUUUUGUCGAUCAUGUUACCGAGAAGUCUCCAUCUCAGCGGCCACUCACUGCAUUCUUUUACUGCUCGAGGAACAAGGCUGAGCCUGAAAGACAAGACGCUACGAGCAUCAUGCGAUGCCUUCUGAAGCAACUCUGCUCGGAUUCGGCCGACGAACCUAUUCGCGACCCGGUGGCAACGACCUUCAAACAACGGAAAGAAGCUGCUACACGUCGUGGUCAGGAGGUUGAACCAUUUUCACUCGAAGAAACCACAAGCCAGAUCAUUGAUGUUCUUAGUUUCAGACAAGAUCCGGCCUUCAUUAUUCUCGAUGCUUUGGAUGAGUGCAGUGUUGACAGCGUCCAUGAUCUUCUUGAUGCGCUGGAGCAAAUUCUGCAGGAAGCGUCGGGCUUGACAAAGGCUUUUGUUACCAGUCGUGAUGAUGGCAACAUUAGGAACAGACUUGAGGGGGCGACGAACGUUUAUAUUGAUGCGUCAAACAACUCGGAUGAUAUCAAUCGAUUCAUCGUCGCUGAAGUUGAGAAGGACAUUUCCAGGGGAAAAUUACUCGAGGGAAGAGUCUCGAAAUCUCUCAAAGACGAAAUUGUGACGACUUUGAAGAACAAGGCUGGUGGAAUGUUCCGCUGGGUCAGCCUUCAGUUGGAACACAUCUCCAACUCCGGGAAGUUCAAGAUCCCUGAAGCUGUCCGGGACGAGCUCGGGAAACUUCCAGCGACGCUAGGGAAGUCCUACGAUGUGAUCUAUACGCAAAUUCUUGACGUCCUGAGUAUUCCGCCGCUCAUCUUCGAAACGUCGUACCUACGCGUGCUUGCCUCAGUGUCUUCUUCUUCCCAUCCGAAGAGUCAUCCUGUCCUCAUCACUUGGGCUGUCCGCACUGGGAUUGUCUCGCGGCUACUCCUGGGGCUAGCAUCGGAGAACCCGAUCGCUCAACGAUCAGACAAUUCCUACUUUGGCAACCUGGCAUUGAUGACUCUCCAUUUCGAAGAUGGCAGGAUUUUGUCUUCGACAAUCUGA